AUGUCGGACAAGUUUCUGUUUACUUCUGAGUCGGUUGGCGAAGGCCAUCCGGACAAGAUCUGCGAUUGCGUCUCCGAUGCCGUCCUCGACGCUCACCUCGCCCAGGACCCAAAUGCCAAGGUUGCUUGCGAAUCCGUCGCCAAGACAGGCAUGAUCAUGGUCUGCGGCGAAGUUUCUUCCAAAGCAAAUGUUGAUUACCAAUCUGUCAUCCGAGGAGCUAUCAAAGACAUUGGCUACGACUCCGACGACAAGGGUUUCAACUACAAGACUUGCAACAUCCUCGUCGCGUUGGAAGAACAAUCUCCUGAUAUUGCUCAAGGUGUUCACAUCGACAGAGACGAUGACGAUGUUGGCGCUGGUGAUCAGGGCUUGAUGUUUGGCUACGCUACCAACGAGACAGAAGAGUGCAUGCCGCUGACGAUUUCUUUGGCGCACAACUUGAACCGAAAAAUGGCCGAGCUAAGGAAGACGGAUCCCUCUUGCGAGUGGCUGCGACCUGAUUCGAAGACACAGGUCACCUGCGAACACGAGCUGCGAAAUGGCGAAGUCAUUCCCACUCGAGUCCACACAGUCGUCAUUUCCGUCCAGCACGCUGAAGAGAUCACCCUCGAAGAGCAACGAGCCCAGCUCAAGUCCAAGAUCAUUGACGCAGUUAUUCCCGCUCAUCUGAUCGACGAGAACACGAUCUACCAUCUCCAGCCCUCAGGUCGAUUCGUCAUUGGCGGUCCUCAAGGCGAUGCUGGCCUCACCGGGCGAAAAAUCAUCGUCGACACUUAUGGCGGAUGGGGAGCCCACGGCGGUGGAGCUUUCUCCGGAAAAGAUUACACCAAGGUCGAUCGAUCUGCCGCUUACGCCGCUCGCUGGGUAGCCAAGUCGCUGGUCAAAGGCGGUCUCUGCAAGCGCGUCCUCGUCCAAGUCUCCUACGCGAUCGGUGUCGCCCAGCCCACCUCAAUCCACGUCGACAGCUACGGCACCUCCGAGAAGAGCAAUGCCGAGCUCUCCGAAAUCGUCAAGAAGAACUUCGACCUCCGACCCGGAGCCAUCGUCAAAGCACUUGGCCUCCGCAAGCCCAUCUUCCGACCGACAACUGCUUAUGGCCAUUUUGGACGAGAAGGAUUCUCUUGGGAAACGCCAAAAACUCUCGAGCUGUAA